ACAACCCAAUCCACUACUGCACACCAAUCCCGAAAACCAACUGCAAUACGAACAGAAACGCGGCGUGCCUCAUCAUUACUGGGAACGACACAGGUACAAUUACAAGACGCGGCGAAGAUAAACCCGUACUAAAGAUGAUGUCACUCUUCCAACUGUGUCUUGUGUUCUUGCUGUAUGGUGCAGUGGAGUCUGGAUUGCGUUGUGUUCGGGAUUUGCAAGAGAAACCCUACAGUGAUGUCACCUUCAGCUGUCGUCUGGAAGGCGUCAGUCCCCAGGAUGUCGUUGCUGUCACCUGGAAGAAAGGAAAUGACGUUGUUGCUCAGGCUGUCCCGGGUGUAAAAAGGGGAAAGCGAGGUGUACCUGGAGAUCCCAGAGCAGAGGUCAGAGAGGACGGGCUUGACAAAGGAGACAUGUCGCUGCUCCUCAAAGACGUUCAAUAUACAGACCAGGGCUCCUAUCACUGCACUGUCGCCACUCGCUCCAGGAAAUAUGACGAAACUGUCAACCUGUUUAUACCAGAGCCUGAGUAUCCCACAGUGUAUUUCGACUCCGUGACCAGCACUUUUACCUGUAAUUCUACUGGCUGGUAUCGUGAGCCGAAGGUCCAGUGGACCAAUGAGAAAGGAGAGAAUCUGACUGACCAGUCAGAAACAGCACCAGCAGAGAAAGAGGGUGAAGUGUACAAAGUGAUGUCUGUCCUGAAAACUAGCGAUCUUCACCAGCAGUACAUCUGCACUGUCCAAGAAGGAGGGAUAGAAAAAGCAAUACGCAACUUCCUCAAAAAUGGGAAGACGGAGCUCUAAGUCUUCUCUCAGAGCUCCCCUGCCAUGAAAUGGAGAAGAGCGAAUGCAAACCCUUGAAGUGAGCGUCGUGUUGAAAUGAUGAGGAUGUUUGUUAAGAUCAAUGUAAACGCAAGCUUAUUUCUGUUCGUUUGAACUUUCUGUAGCUGGAAUAAGUUUCUAUUAUAAGAUCUAUAUGCAGAACAGUGUGAUGUCACAUUCUCAUUGCAACAUGACAUCUGGUUCUGCACGAAGCCUGAUCUGGCGUGCUCUCGUAUUCAAUGACAGAGUUUUUAUAUAUUUUGUGAUCCUCUGACCUAUGCUGUGUAAAAUGCACAUUCCGUGUUUUUCUGUGUCAUUCCAAUGCAAACGGAUUUCUAGCAUCCCUGGUAAUAAUAAAGGGCAUCAUAGCGAGGAGGUGCUGUACUCAGACUUGGGGUCAAAUGCAAAUUUAAAUGCAAACUGUUGAACUAUUUGCAUUUGACUUGAUAUUUGCAUUCUGAAAUACAAGCAUUUGCAUUUCAAAUCAUGGGAAAGCUUCAAAAACAUUUCAAGUGCAUUUAAAUACUGUUCAAUACUACGACUACUACUACUACUAAUAAUAAUAAUAGUAAUAAUUAAUAAUAAUAAUAAAAGUAGAGACUUUUCAGUAUUGCUGCAAGCAAAGUUUAUCGACCUGAAAGAUACAAACUGAAGGACUCCACUUUUGAAAAGUAAAUGUUUAUUAUCUAGCCAUUUAAGAGCUACAAAUAAUUGAAAAGCUAUUGAAAGGCCAAUUAUUACUUUUAAUUGAGGGUUCAAUGAAGUAAUUCAGAGCUCAAUCAGUUUAGAAGUAUUGUAUGGAAGAGUAUUUGAAAUGCAUUUGGUGUUUGUCACAUAUUUGUAUUUCGUUUGGUAGUAAAUGCAUCACAUUUGCUUCGAGCAAAUUCAGAAUUUCAAAUACAUGAAGGCAUUUGUAUUUAAAUGCAUUUGACCCCAUGUCUGACUGUACUACAAUGUUGUUGGUUUGUUUAGAACCAGGUUUGUGGUGGUCACUUUUCUAGUGUGUUGUAAGAGUAAAAUAAUGCUUAUCCUCCUCAUUACAAGCAUGCAGUACACUGGAUAUUUUUCUUUUGAGAUUUGCAUUGCACAGAUCAGCAGGACGGCAGCCAGUAUGUGCAGAAACAGGUAGUGGACAAAAAAUGGAAACCCCAAUGUAAAGUCACUUAAUAGGGCGUUGGGCCACUAUGGUAUCCCGCUCUGUGGAGUUCUCAGCGGACCGUUUUUGAUGAAACUGGCUGCUUGCGCCCCAGGUUGAAAUUUGAAGUCAAUUGAUCUGCAGUUGCUCGCCUGUUCUGCCUUUGCGCUUGGAAUGAACGCACGGAUAUCACGAUCCUGAAGUAUGCGCUUCCGCCUGCUGUUGCCCUUUGCUGAUGAUGUCAUUCCCUCGCAGUUCCAUGCCCACAUCACCUUAGACACCGUUGCUAAUGAAACAUCAGCAAGUUGAGCUGUCUUGGUCACUGAAGCUCCUCCCAAACGCACCCCCGACAAUCACCCCUCUUUCAAAGUCACUGAGGUCUCCUCUUGCAGCCAUGCUAGCCAGAAUUCUAGGCAACCUGUCCUGUCCAGCAUUUUUAUACAUGACCCUAAGCAUGCUGGGAUGUUAUUUGCUUAAUUAACGCAUGUGCCACACCUGUGUGGAAGCCCUUGCUUUCAAUAUACUUGGUGUCCCUCAUUUACCCAGGGGUUUCCAUUUUUUUGUCCACUACCUGUAGCUGCUGCACACCUAGGCUUUCUAUUGAUGCGCUGUUUACCAGAAGGCGUUUGCGUUAAUCAAUCAAAGGAAGGUGGAAAUGGAGACUUACAGCAGCGAAGCGCCUUGGCCGACAAUGCAAACAGAUUACGUUUUUAAAUAUUACCUUCAAUAUUUUUUCUACUUUCAUACAUUGAUCUUUUUCUAAGAACCUGCUGAUGCUACAAGAAUAUAAAUAAUGUCUCAAUGUUGGGAUUUAGUAUUUUUUUCAACAAAACAAAUGCAGUCCAGUAUACUGGAGAUUUGGAAUUAAGGACUUUGUUCCAGAAUUUUUACAUGUCACAAGCAUAAAGUACAGAAUUUACUUGAUAAAUUGCAUAUUGAAUUUGUUUUUUAGGGAAAAGAAAGUUUGUCUGAUUAUUUUAUUGUAUAGUAUAUUUCUUUAGAUUUCAUUUUAAAUGUGUGUUUUCAAUGAUUAGUGAUAUGUAAGAAUACAUGUGCACAUUUCAAUGUGCAUGUUCACUGUGAUACUCAUCACAGAAAAACAAAAUACCGUAUUACUUCAAAUUAGAGCCGCCCUCGAAUGAAAGACGUCCUCGUAUUGAUGCUGCAGUCAUGUAUCAGCUUUAUAAUAGAGGCCCCCUUGAAUAAACCCCGCUGUCAAUAAAGAAACGUUAGGGUAUUUUUGCGUCCCCCUACAAACAAAAACACACACAGUAAACAAAUAAACACACAACACUGACUGUACAGCAACACCCCCUCAAUCCAGCACGUCAAUUACAAACUAAUGAACACACACACAGUGAACAAAUAAACACACAACACUGACUGUACAGCAACACCCCCUCAAUCCAGCACGUACAUUACAAACUAAUGAACACACACACAGUGAACAAAUAAACACACAACACUGACUGUACAGCAACACCCCCUCAAUCCAGCACGUCAAUUACAAACUAAUGAACACACACACAGUGAACAAAUAAACACACAAUACUGACUGUACAGCAACACCCCCUCAAUCCAGCACAUCAAUUACAAACUAAUGCACACACACAGUGAACAAAUAAACACACAACACUGACUGUACAGCAACACCCCCUCAAUCCAGCACGUACAUUACAAACUAAUGCACACACACACAGUGACUAAUGCACACACACACAGUGAACAAAUAAACACACAACACUGACUGUACAGCAACACCCCCUCAAUCCAGCACGUACAUUACAAACUAAUGCACACACACACAGUGAACAAAUAAACACACAACACUGACUGUACAGCAACACCCCCUCAAUCCAGCACGUCAAUUACAAACUAAUGCACACACACACAGUGAACAAAUAAACACACAACACUGACUGUACAGCAACACCCCCUCAAUCCAGCACGUACAUUACAAACUAAUGUACACACACAGUGAACAAAUAAACACACAACACUGACUGUACAGCAACACCCCCUCAAUCCAGCACGUACAUUACAAACUAAUGCACACACACACAGUGAACAAAUAAACACACAACACUGACUGUACAGCAACACCCCCUCAAUCCAGCACGUACAUUACAAACUAAUGUACACACACACAGUGAACAAAUAAAUACACAACACUGACUGUACAGCAACACCCCCUCAAUCCAGCACGUACAUUACAAACUAAUGCACACACACACAGUGAACAAAUAAACACACAACACUGACUGUACAGCAACACCCCCUCAAUCCAGCACGUCAAUUACAAACUAAUGCACACACACACAGUGAACAAAUAAACACACAACACUGACUGUACAGCAACACCCCCUCAAUCCAGCACGUCAAUUACAAACUAAUGCACACACACACAGUGAACAAAUAAACACACAACACUGACUGUACAGCAACACCCCCUCAAUCCAGCACGUACAUUACAAACUAAUGCACACACACACAGUAAACAAAUAAACACACAACACUGACUGUACAGCAACACCCCCUCAAUCCAGCACGUCAAUUACAAACUAAUGUACACACACACAGUGAACAAAUAAACACACAACACUGACUGUACAGCAACACCCCCUCAAUCCAGCACGUCAAUUACAAACUAAUGUACACACACACAGUGAACAAAUAAACACACAACACUGACUGUACAGCAACACGCCCUCAAUCCAGCACGUCAAUUACAAACUAAUGCACACACACACAGUGAACAAAUAAACACACAACACUGACUGUACAGCAACACCCCCUCAAUCCAGCACGUCAAUUACAAACUAAUGUACACACACACAGUGAACAAAUAAACAGACAACACUGACUGUACAGCAACACCCCCUCAAUCCAGCACGUCAAUUACAAACUAAUGCACACACACAGUGAACAAAUAAACACACAACACUGACUGUACAGCAACACCCCCUCAAUCCAGCACGUACAUUACAAACUAAUGUACACACACACAGUAAACAAAUAAACACACAACACUGACUGUACAGCAACACCCCCUCAAUCCAGCACGUCAAUUACAAACUAAUGCACACACACACACAGUGAACAAAUAAACACACAACACUGACUGUACAGCAACACCCCCUCAAUCCAGCACGUCAAUUACAAACUAAUGUACACACACACAGUGAACAAAUAAACACACAACACUGACUGUACAGCAACACGCCCUCAAUCCAGCACGUCAAUUACAAACUAAUGCACACACACACAGUGAACAAAUAAACACACAACACUGACUGUACAGCAACACCCCCUCAAUCCAGCACGUCAAUUACAAACUAAUGCACACACACACAGUGAACAAAUAAACACACAACACUGACUGUACAGCAACACCCCCUCAAUCCAGCACGUCAAUUACAAACUAAUGUACACACACAUAGUAAACACGUUUUAUUUAAUGGUAGUACAGUUCUGAAAAAAAAUCCCAGAUAAACUGCUUCCAGAACAGCAGUGCUUCUGAAGAUCCUAUAGGUGGUUUUUAAUUCAAUUGUAAUUCCCGUACAAAUAGAAACAAUGUGCUUACUAUCUAUGAGGAGAUUUAGUAUCGAUUUCUCUUGCAGAGAAAUUACAAACACGCAAGUCACAGUGAGAAAAAAAUAAUCGAGUAGGAUAUAUUGUAGUUUUUACAGAAAUCAAACUGAUAUUUUGAGGUGAUUUUUUGGGCAGAAGAACAUCUACGUCACACUCGUGGACUCCACAGCCACACCAGCAUUGUCCUGCCCCUUAACAAGCAAUACACACUCCUGAUUCGCUGGUACAGUACUCCCCUGACCUUUCAACUCCCACCUAAUAGGCUCUCGGUAACUGUCAUAGCCACACAUGCUGCUACAUACAGGUAGGCGACCGUAUUACAGAAAAUAAGCAGCCGGCUGACUUCUAAAAUGUCAUGAGUCAUGGAAUAAAAUAUCGACAGCGUUUGAAAAUCGUAUUAAUAAAGAUCACCCUCGUAUAAAGGCUGCACUCUUAAGCGCUGCAGUCAUCUUGAUCAAUUUAAAAUAAACACAGCGACACCAAAUUGAAGUAAUACAGUAAGACAGGGUAGUAACAGCAUUUAUAAUGUGUUAUAAAUACGGAAUAGAUGAUAUAAGAAAUCUGCAAUAAAUGAAAAUAUAAAACUGUAUAUUAGCUGUAAACAAAUCAGGACAAAUCACAUUAAACAUACAUGAUUUACA